GCAACACCCUCCAUCACCACCACCAACAAUCACAUCUACACCCACGGCUGAACUCUUUUUGACGAAUUAACUUACGCGCAUAUCAUCUGUACACUUUGAACCUAGUCGAUACCAUGGAGCGAUUCAGGAGUUUACUUGGCAACGGCGGUAUGGGCCUAGGAGGAGCUGCUCAUGGAACUGACAACACCAACCUGAUCGACAACUCCGAAACAGUCUACAUCUCCUCCCUCGCCCUCCUCAAAAUGCUUCGACACGGCCGCGCAGGUGUGCCCAUGGAAGUCAUGGGUCUGAUGCUGGGCGAGUUCGUGGACGACUUUACCGUCAAGGUUAUGGAUGUGUUUGCCAUGCCCCAGAGUGGUACCGGUGUUAGUGUCGAGGCCGUCGAUCCUGUUUUCCAGACGAAGAUGAUGGAUAUGCUUCGACAGACAGGAAGACCCGAGUCGGUUGUCGGAUGGUACCACUCGCAUCCCGGUUUCGGUUGCUGGCUUUCGUCGGUUGACAUCAACACCCAGCAAUCAUUCGAGCAAUUGAACCCCCGUGCUGUAGCUGUCGUCAUCGACCCCAUCCAGUCCGUCAAGGGCAAAGUCGUCAUUGACGCUUUCCGACUCAUAAACCCUCAGCUUUUGAUGCUUGGGCAAGAGCCACGACAAAGCACAAGCAACUUGGGCCAUCUCAACAAACCCUCAAUUCAAGCUCUUAUCCACGGCUUGAAUCGACACUACUACUCAAUCGGCAUCGACUACCGCAAGACGGCUCUCGAGGAGAACAUGCUCAUGAACCUGCACAAACAUGUGUGGACCGAGGCUUUGGAGAUGAAUGAUUUCCGGCAUGAGGGUUGCAAGAACAAGGAUCGACUGCAACAGCUGGUUACAUUGGCGGACGGCUACGAGAAGCGUGUGAAGGAGGAGACCGAGUUGACCAAAGAUCAGCUUAAGACUCGAUAUGUGGGCAAGUUGGAUCCCAAGAAGCAUCUCGAAGAUGUUGGCCAGGAGCUCAUCGAGGACAACAUUGUUUCCGUGUCGAGACAAAUGAUCGACAGGGAGGCGACCAUGCCCAAAAGGGAGACGCCAGCAGGGUCUAAGGGACAAGUGAAUGGCGAGGAGAUGGACGUGGAGGAGGAGUUAUGAGCGAGCGGAAGCGGGCACCUAGUUCACAGGGAUACAUAGCGAGGCCACGGGAUGGACUUGUACGAUUAAUUGGCGUUGGCGGGCGGGACGGACGAUAUAGACCUAGCCAUGUCACGAAUUAUUGCACACAAGGUUAGCAUCGUAUUUGCAUGCAUGACAUUAACUCCGCAUAU